ACACUCUGCUUAAUCUCCUCCUUUCAAGCUUCCAAGAAAAUUAUCUGAAGUCUCCCUCUCUCUCUGGCUCACUCGGUCGCUCACUCCCUCUUUCCUCUUCCAAUUUCUCUCUCAGAGAAACCACCACGGCAAUGGCAGUAACAGCUUCACUAACAAUGACAAGACUGUUAUCCGCACCCAGAGCCCUCUCUCUCUCCUCCGUCGCUCAUCUCCCGCCCAAAACCCUUUCUUCCAAUCUCUCAUUCUUUGCCUCUCUCCCCCUCAGGUUCCGACCGACGUCUCUUCGCUUCUCCACCACCACUAACCCCAAACCUACCAUCUCAGCCACCAUCUCCGUCGGCGACAAGCUACCGGAGUCCACCUUCUCUUACUUCGACUCCUCCGAUGAGCUCCAGACCGUCACCAUCUCCGACCUCACCAAGGGCAAGAAAUCCAUUUUAUUUGCCGUCCCUGGCGCUUUUACUCCCACUUGUUCUCAGAAGCACCUACCAGGUUUCGUUGAGAAGUCCGCCGAGUUGAAGGCCAAGGGCGUCGACACCAUCGCCUGCAUUUCGGUGAACGAUGCCUUCGUUAUGAAAGCCUGGAAGAAAGACUUGAAGAUCGGUGAUGAGGUGUUGUUGCUGUCCGAUGGGAAUGGAGAUUUCACGAAGGCGAUUGGGGUCGAGCUUGACCUGAGCGAUAAGCCGGUUGGAUUGGGUGUUCGGUCGAGGCGGUAUGCCCUUCUUGCAGAAGAUGGGGUUGUUAAAGUUUUGAAUUUAGAGGAGGGUGGAGCAUUCACAUUUAGUAGCGCAGAUGAUAUGCUCAAGGCUCUUUGAUUUACUUGAGGUCGGGUGCUUCCCGUUUUUUGUUAUGUGGUUUCGGUACUCUGUCAUUGAAUUACUUGUGGUUUCGGUACUCUUUGAUUUAAUAGAUGCAUCUAUCUAAAAAAAAAAAAAAAUUAGUUUAAUAGAUGCCAUGCCCUGAUUUUUCUUCUUCGGUUUCAUUUUAGUUUUCUUGAUAGUUUUGGUUUCGUUUCUAAUUCAUCAACUGCUUGGAAUGUCCUCAAUUUAUCUCUGACAUUGCAUUUCAGUACAAGCACUUUGGAGCUCUGUUCUCUGUGCUACUGAUAAGAGAAGACACUAGUUUCACA